AUGUGAUUCCACUCGUGGCAUGUACUCUCUCACCUGUCGACAUUAGAACCGAAUCCUCACAGAGACGCCCUUGGUCCUUUGCAGGAAGUCUUUAAAAAGGUUCUCAGGUUCAGAAGACAACUGGAAACUCUGGAAUAACCACCUGAGCACAUUUAGAGGUCGGGUUGGAAGACAUCCUUUCAAUAAGUUGCUACGGAGCGACCAUGGCGGAGUACAAGCUAGAAGUAACGACCGGUGGGAGGGACUGCGCCGGUACAUUGGAUCACAUCCUGGUCACCUUGCUCGGCAGCGAAGGGCAGAGCGAGCGAACCGACUUGGAUAACUGGGGCAUUGACUUUAAAAUUGGGACGAGCGAGACAUACACCGUUAAAACCGGCGCUCCUCUGGGGAAACUUCUGCUGGUGAAGCUGGAGAAAGACCCGCGGUUUUGGCGCAAGGACGACGAGUGGUUCUGCUCAAAAAUCGCCGUGACCACCCCGGAGGGAGAGACGUUGCUUUUCCCGUGUUACCAGUGGCUCUCCAAUGACGAGGUAGUGGAGCUGCGAGGAGGAAGAGCCCUAAAGGCUUUUGAAGAUGAGCACCCAUUGUUGAUUGAGCACCGCAAAAAAGAACUGGCAUCGAAAAAGAGCAACUUUCAAUGGGCCUCGAAGGAUCAAAGACUACCUUCCCACAGCCAGUUUAGUACAUCAAGCGUCCCUGCCGAAAUCCGCAUGUCCAAGUCCAGAGUUCAAGAAUCUCAGUCCGCCUUCUUGUCAGGCACUGCAGAACUCAAAUGUAAGGGGAUGCUUGGAUCUGAAGAAAGCUGGAAAACGAUUGAAGACAUGAAAAUGAUCUUUGACGACAGGAAGUCCGAAAUCUCAGAGUACCUUUUUGAGCACUGGAAAGACGACGACUUUUAUGGGUACCAGUUCUUGAAUAGCGUUAACCCGCUUUUGAUCAAACGCUGUUCGAAGCUUCCUCCAAAUUUCCCCGUCACAGAGGAAAUGGUGAAGCCAUACCUGGAGAUCGGCAUGCCCCUGCACAACGAAUUCAAGAGAGGGAAUAUGUUCCUCUAUGACCAGAAGAUUUUGAGCGGAAUACCGGGGAGACUCUAUCACGGCGAACGUCUGCCGGUUCCUGCGCCUCUCUGCCUAUUGUACCUGAACCCUGAGAAAAAACUCAUACCGAUUGCAAUACAGGUGCAUCAACAACCCUCGAAGGACAACCCGAUUUUCCUGCCCAGUGACUCCGAGACAGACUGGCUUCUCGCCAAGAUAAUGGUCAAAAAUGCAGAUAUGAUGACUCACCAGGCAAUCACCCACCUGAAGAACACUCACCUCAUCGCCGAGGUCUGGGCCAUGAGCCUUUUUCGCAACUUCCCCUUCAUUCAUCCCAUUUACAAGUUGCUGAUCCCGCACUUCCGGUGGAUGCUACACGUCAAUGCUGGGGCCCGUGAAAUCCUGCUGGCACCUUCUGGAUCGUUUGCAAUGAGUUCACUCGGACUCGAUGGGACGAUAGAGCUCAUGAGGCGGGCGCAAGAUGAGCUCACAUACAGCUCACUCUGUAUACCGGACGACAUUCGCGCUCGAGGACUUGAGUCCAUCCCCGACUUCUACUACAGAGAUGAUGGACUGAAACUAUGGGAUAUCAUCCACAGAUUUGUGAACUCUGUGGUGGGACACUUCUAUCGUUCAAACGACGAAGUAGUCAAAGACUCGGAGCUGCAAGGAUGGAUCCACGAGAUAUUCACUCACUGCUUUUUAGGGAAUAAACGCUUAGGAUGUCCAGAGGCCUUCCAUGAUGUUGAGGAAGUAGUCAAGUUCAUCACUAUGGUGAUCUUCACGGUUUCCGUUCAGCAUGCUGCUGUCAAUAAUGGACAGUUUGAUUACCAGACGUUUGUCCCCAACGGUUCCUUACUGUUGCGCAAGCGAUCUCCAACCGCCAAAGGACAGUCCAGCAUGGAGACCAUUUUGGAGACCCUCCCAAACAUUGGCGAGACGGUCAUAACGGCGAGCAUUCUGUACGUGCUCACACUGAACUACUCCGAUACCGUACUCUUGGGUUCGUAUCCCGACGAACGAUUCCAAGAGCCCGAAAUCAAGCAGAUGAUGGAGGGGUUUCAAGCGGAGUUAUCGAGCCUCAGUGAUGACAUCAAGGCCAGAAACGCUAAGCUCGGCGUGCCGUACACAUAUUUGGACCCCGGUCAAAUUGACAGCAGCAUUAUUAAGUAAAUAAAGCCUCUUUGUUUCUUUCAUGGGUGACAAAUAAACAAUCUUCUAUCCAAUUUUCCAAA